UGGAAGCCAUUUUUAUCCUGACAGCAGAUGGCUCAACACAGGUUGUGUGUAUAUAUAUUACAAAUGCAUAUCUCAAAACAGAAGUAAGUGCUUUCAGUUCUCAUGGUUUGUUUUAUUUUUCUUAGGAUUAAAGAUAUUAGAUAUUUUCCUUAAAGCCCAGCUGCUGGAAUCGGCAGAGUCCAGGAGACUCUUAGUGUUUGCUAAAAAAGUAAAUGAUGAACUCCCUUGGUUACAAAGAAAACUUAAAACCAGGAAGAGAGGAUAUCCCAAAGGUUUAGAAAGCUAAGAAUUCAAAAUUUGCCUAAGAUGAGCUAGAAACAGUAAUGAUUGUUGUGUUGAUGUCAGGAGGGGGCAUUUUUAAUGCAUUACUGCAUUUUUAAUGCAUGAUGGAAGUGACAGAACAUGAAAAGAGCUCAGCCCAUGAAGACGGUAAAAAAGGAGUGAGUCUCGCUGGCUGGAAGUGACAUAUUUCAGAAUUUGUUUCCACUUUCUUUCUUAUGACUUCCUUUUUUUUUUAUUCCCCCCUCCCCGUUAACAACAACCGUAACAAAAUCUGUCCUUGUGAAGGAGAAGAGAGUGUCAUCAAAGGCGACAGCUUUUUAAACAAUUUUAAAUUAGCUAAAAGGCCCAGGCUGCUGAAAACUGGAUAAGAAAUUUUGUAUGCUUAAGGGAUCUUAACAGUGUGCUUUUACCCAGGUGGAAUCAGAGUACAAAGAGGAAGAAACGUCCGUUUGACACUGCCUUGCUAAUCUCAGCGGUAUAUCAUUCAUUAUUCCGCACAGGAUUAAAGGACAUUGAAAAUCAUAAAACUUUGAUUUAAAAAAAAAAAAAACCACAAAAAACAUGCCUCGAAAGAGUAUCAACUAUGGAGUGUUGCCAGAGUAUGAGAAAAGCCAGAUCAAAAGGAACCUGGAGUUGGGAACUGUUAUGACAGUAUUCAGCCUGAAGAAGAGUAGUCCAGAAAGGAGAACUAUUCAGGUCAUAAUGGAAACCCGACAGGUAGCGUGGAGCAAGACAGCUGACAAGAUCGAAGGUUUCUUGGAUCUGAUGGAAAUAAAAGAAAUCCGCCCAGGAAAGAAUUCAAAGGACUUUGAGCGUUGCAAAGCAAAGCAACGAGAAGAACACUGCUUUACUAUUUUUUAUGGUACUCAGUUUAUCCUCAACACCUUAAGCUUAGCAGCUGACUCUAAAGAUGAUGCUGAUAAAUGGUUGUGUGGCUUGAAUAUCUUGUAUCAAGAGGUCAUGAGUGCUCCCACACCUGCAAUCACAGAGAGCUGGCUGAGAAAGCAGAUCUAUUCUGUUGACCAGACCAGAAGAAACAGUAUCAGUCUUAGAGAGCUGAAAACGGUCCUUCCCCAAGUAAACUUCAAAGUGAGCAGCAUGAAGUUCUUGAAGGAUAAAUUUGCGGAAAUAGGCGCUUACAAGGAAGAGCUUAGUUUUGAACAAUUUCAUUUGUUCUACAAGAAAAUCAUGUUUGAACAACAGAAAUCGAUUCUUGAUGAAUUCAAAAAGGAUUCCUCUGUGUUCAUUCUUGGAAAUACUGACCGUCCAGAUGCUUCAGCAGUUCACCUCCAUGACUUUCAGAGAUUCCUGCUACAUGAGCAGCAGGAAUCUUGGGCACAAGAUCUCAGUAAAGUCCGAGAACGAAUGACAAAGUUUAUUGAUGACACUAUGAGAGAAACUGCUGAGCCCUUCCUCUUUGUGGAUGAGUUCCUCACUUACCUUUUUGCAAAAGAAAACGGUAUUUGGGAUGAGAAAUAUGAUUCAAUAGAUGCCCAGGACAUGAAUAAUCCUUUGUCCCACUACUGGAUUUCUUCUUCUCAUAACACAUAUCUGACAGGAGACCAGCUUCGAAGUGAAUCCUCCACAGAAGCUUACAUCAGGUGCCUUAGAAUGGGAUGUCGAUGUAUUGAGUUGGAUUGCUGGGAUGGUCCUGAUGGGAAGCCCAUAAUUUACCACGGAUGGACACGGACAACAAAGAUUAAAUUUGAUGAUGUAGUACAGGCAAUCAAAGAUCAUGCCUUUGUUGCAUCUGAAUACCCUGUGAUACUGUCAAUUGAAGAGCACUGUAGUGUGGAGCAGCAGCGACACAUGGCCAGAGUUUUCAAGGAAGUAUUUGGGGAACAGCUUUUAAUGAAGCCUGUUGAAGCCAGUGCAGAUCAGUUGCCAUCACCAACACAGCUGAAAGGAAAAAUCAUCAUCAAGCACAAAAAACUAGGUCCAAAGGGAGACAUUGAUGUGAACUUGGAAGACAAGAAGGAAGAAAAAAAACAACAAGGAGAACUUUACAUGUGGGACACAAUAGAACAGAAAUGGACUCGGCACUACUGUGCUAUCGCUGAUGAAAAGCUUUCAUUCAGUGAUGAUAUAGAACAGAAUGCUGAUGAAGAUUCAUCAAAGGAGGUGAAACGUACUGAACUGCACUUAAAAGAAAAAUGGUACCAUGGGAAAAUGAAAGAGGGGAGAACAACUGCUGAGAAACUGCUCCAGGAAUAUUGUGCAGAAAUGGGUGGCAAGGAUGGGACUUUCCUAGUUAGGGAAAGUGAGGCUUUCCCUGAUGAUUGCACCUUGUCAUUCUGGAGAUCAGGUAAAGUCCAACACUGCCGGAUCCGUUCUUUGAAUGAUGGGGACACUGUGAAAUACUACCUGACGGACAACCUCACUUUUGAUAGCAUCUAUGAUCUCAUUCAACACUACAAGGAGACCCAUUUGCGCUGUGCUGGGUUUGACCUGCGUCUGACUGAUGCUGUGCCUAAUCCCAGCCCUCAUGAGAAUAAAGAUUGGUACUACAGCAACUUGAGUCGGGGAGAAGCAGAAGACAUGCUGAUGCGAAUUCCUCGAGAUGGAGCCUUUCUGAUUAGGAAGAGAGAAGAACCUGAUUCGUUUGCCAUGACUUUCAGAGCGGAGGGGAAGGUGAAGCACUUUCGAAUUCAGCAAGAAGGUCGACAUUUUGUGCUUGGAACCUCAGCCUACUUUGAGAGUUUAGUGGAGCUGGUAACGUACUAUGAGAAGCAUCCACUGUACAGGAAAAUGAAAUUACGUUACCCAGUGACUGAGGAGCUGCUGGAGCGCUACAGCGUAGAAAAAGAUAUUAACUCCCUCUAUGAUGUCAAGAUGUAUGUGGAACCCAGUGAAAUCACCCCUACAGUGCCUCAGAGAACAGUGAAAGCCUUGUAUGACUACAGAGCCAAAAGAAGUGAUGAAUUGAGCUUCUGUCGAGGAGCUUUAAUUCAUAAUGUCACAAAGGAAACUGGAGGCUGGUGGAAGGGGGAUUACGGAGAAAAAGUCCAACGCUAUUUUCCAUCUAAUUAUGUUGAAGACUUGUCAUCUAAUAACUCUGCUGAGCUUGAGAGUCAGAUUAUCGAGGACAAUCCAUUAGGCUCUUUGUGCCGUGGCAUACUGGUACUCAAUAAAUACAAUGUUGUGAAAAUGCCACAAGGGAAACACAAAAAAUCUUUUGUCUUCAUUCUGGAACCUAAGGAUCCAGAAGAUCCAUGUGUAGAAUUUGCAACUGAUAAAGUAGAAGAACUCUUUGAAUGGUACCAAAGUAUCCGGGAAAUCACAUGGAAAACUGCAGAAGAGGAGAACAGGAGGAAGUAUUGGGAAAAGAAUCAAUUGAUUGCUAUUGAAUUGUCUGAUCUGGUAAUCUACUGCAAGCCAACAAGCAAAACCAAGGACAAUUUAGAAAAUCCUGAUUUCAAAGAAAUCCGUUCUUUUGUGGAAACCAAGGCAGAGAGCAUUGUUAAGCAAAAGCCAGUGGAGUUGUUGAAAUACAACCUAAAGGGACUGACACGUGUCUAUCCUAAAGGACAGAGGGUUGACUCAUCCAACUACGACCCAUUUCGUCUCUGGCUUUGUGGCUCCCAGAUGGUAGCUCUUAACUUCCAAACUCCAGAUAAAUACAUGCAAUUGAACCAUGCCUUGUUUUCACUUAAUGGACGCACUGGCUAUGUUCUGCAGCCAGAGAGCAUGCGAAAUGAAGACUAUGACCCAAUGCCAAAUGACUCGAAGAGGAAAUUGCAGAUGAUUAUGACAGUGAGGGUUUUAGGUGCUCGUCAUCUCCCUAAACCUGGUAGAAGCAUUGCUUGUCCCUUUGUAGAGGUAGAAAUUUGUGGGGCUGAAUAUGAUAAUAACAAAUUCAAGACAACAGUUGUGAAUGACAAUGGCCUUAAUCCAGUUUGGGCACCCUGUCCAGAGCAAGUGAAAUUUGAAAUUUAUGACCCAAAUCUAGCAUUUCUGCGGUUUGUUGUUUAUGAGGAGGAUAUGUUCAGUGAUCCCAAUUUCUUAGCACAUGCCACUUUUCCCAUCAAAGGAAUCAAAUCGGGUUUUAGAUCUGUUCCUCUCAAAAAUGGAUAUAGUGAAGAUAUAGAGCUGGCCUCACUUCUGGUUCACUGUGAAAUGCAACAAGUUCUGGAAAGUGAAGAAGAGCUUUAUUCCUCAUGUCGGCAACUUCGAAAGCGCCAGGAGGAGCUUAAUAACCAGCUGUUUCUUUAUGACACCCAUACAAAUUUAAGGAAUCCUGCCAGAGAUGCUAUAGUAAAAGAAUUCAAUGUGAAUGAGCACAAACUACAGAUAUAUCAAGAGACAUGCAACCGCAGAUUAAGGGAGAAGAAAGUCAGUAACAGCAAAUUCUACUCUUAAAGCAAUCGUUCUUUCAUGCGUGCUUUAUGGUGCAAUUCAGGAAGAGAUGUUAAUUUAUCCUGGACACCCUAUUCUACGAUGGUCUCUCCAGACUGAAUGACUGGAAGAAGAAGAGGAAAGAUGGGUUUCCUUAAUUUCUUCUUACAAGAAAAACUGUUUUACUUCCUAAUAAUUUAUAUUCUGCACAAAGCAUACCCUCUGUGCAGGCCAGAUCUUCUGCAUAUUCAAGAUUUUUAAAAUCUGAGGGCAUGUAGUUGGAUAGACUGCACUUGUCAUUAUCAAUACCUGCAGUACAAGUAUAAAUAAUCUACUGUAUUUGUGUAUGCAGGCUAUAGAUAAGACAUUUACAACAAUUUGCAUGCAUGGCAUCGCACCACUUUAACAACUCGGCCCCUUAAGAUUAACUGGUAGUGAGUUUUUAAUUUAUUAAAUGCUAUAAAAGCACUUCUACACCAGAAUUGUCACGUCAUGUAUGUUACAGUAUCCAAAGCAGCAGAUUGUACUUCUGAUACUGUAUAAAAUAUUUUGGGCAGCUGAUAGUUCAUACUGUAUUGUCUCUUGCUCAAAGUUUUCUGUUAUGUCUUUGAGAAAUAGUUAAUAUGUUAAUUUUGUUGAAACCAAAUAUCCUCUGCAACUGUAGUUGUGUUUUUCCUGUUGAACUCUCUGUUAAAGUUUAAGAAAGGAACAACGCAUGAACCUGUAUUCAUAGCCCCUGUGAACCCAUGUUCACAACUGCAAGCACUGUUUGUUUGCAGAAAGGAAGGAGAUUUCAAAUUCUGAAAAGCACUUACUUUGGUAUAGUAUCAUUUUGCAAAUCCUUUCAGCUGCUAAUGUGCUUAGAAAUGAGUUUUUUAAUGAACUGUCAAUUUUUAAUCUUGCAGUCCUACUUAGACAAUAGCGUCAAAUGAUAGUGUUCUGUAAAUGUAGACCAUUUUCACAAAAUGUAUCUAAUUGAAGAAUGAUCAUAUGCACAAAUAUAGAGGUACAUUGUUCUUACAGCUUUAAUCAAAUGAAGAACAUGGAGCUACAGAUGAGAAAACUUGUUAUAUUAGCAAGUGUUUUCCUGCCAGAGCAGAACCAAAGUCUUCUGGUGUCAUGUAACACCAGUUGUUAUAAUUUGUGUGUUUGUUGGUUCUUUGUGCUAGCACUGUCUUAUUGCUAUUGAAUUCCUAGUUGCUUUAUAUCUACCUGGGUGGAGUUUUGCUGUCUAUAUGCUUGAUUUUAUAUUUCAAAUAUGUGUAGAGGAGUUGUUUUUCUAAGUGACUGCCUGAGGCAUAAAACGCUGCAUAUAUAGUGCUGUAUUUCUGAUCACAGAAAAGUUGCAUGGACUUGGGAUUCAUGGCAUGAUGAAGCUGUCUCAGCAUUAUGCGGUUUCUCUUGCUCACAUGCUAUGACUUCUGUUGCUUCAAGAGGCACUUAAUUGAUGCCAUUGUGCAUUCAUGGAUGAUGGUUUCAGGAACCCCCUUGAAGUUUUAGUUAUUCUCUAAAGACAGUCUUGUCUCAAAGAUGAAAGUGCUGAGUGUCCCAUAGUGUGAUGGCUUCUGUAAAUUUUUAAUGAUAAAGAAAUUAAUUACUAAUCACCCAGCUGAAAAAGAGAUGAGGGCAAAGUUAAAGGCAAUUCUCUGCAUUUAUUCCUCCUGCCUGGAAUCUCUUCAGUACCCGGUUGUGAUUGACCUGUUCAAGGAUUAGAUGGGUUCCGACUCCCCUCAAAAAAAGGAAAAAAUCAAAUCAACUAUGCAUUUGUGAGGUGGGGCUGUAACCUAGACUACUGUAUAAAGCUAGGCUUAUCUGCAGUAUCGAGGUGGAAUGAGAUAAUCCAUUUGCUGUUCCUUGAGGGGAGAACCGUUGGUGUGCAUGCAUUUUGUAGUGUGUUCCAGGACAUGGUUAGUUUGUGAUGUGAUCAGUCCCUCUGCUAUGUGUUUCAUUUCACAGCCUCCAUAAGUCCUAUUUAAUAUUAUGAGAACACUGCGUUGAUCUCGGACAAAGUGGCCCGAAGGCUUGUUGGGAACAUCCUGAGGUUGUUGCUACAGGUGGGACAGGAUUUACAGCCAGCUGAGCACCAGCUAGGUUUGGACUGAUCACAAAAAAUAGGAGACUACGAGAGAUGCUAGGGCUUAGGGAGAUAAAACCCUAGAGCAUGAGGCUGUUGCUGUGGUGGUUUUUUUGUUUCGUUUUGUGAUGAUUUUAUUUAAGCUCAGUUCCAGAGCUGAUGUAACCAAAUUGUCCAUUUUUCCUGGCUUCUUCUCUUGGUAUGUGUAUUCCAGGCACAGGACAGCCAUUGUAUGAUGAAUACAGGAGUUCCUUGUGCUGCUGCUGUGCUGAUAUUUAAGAAUUAGCACAUUUUAUAGUGCUUUGAAAAGUCCUGUGCACAUUCUUCACACAUAUGUAAUGUGAAAAGUUAUGAGGCACUCUCUUAGUGUUUAUGAAAAUGCAUUUCAUUUUACAGUGAGACUUUCCUCAGAAUAUAAUGUUAUACCCUAUUCAGAAGGAAAAGACUGCAUUGACUGUUUUUGUUGACUUGCAAGCAAUGGGCAAGGCUGUGUACUAACUCUUCUCUUGUUUCUGGCAUUCUGUGUUUUAACUCCAAAAUUUCACCUCUCAAUUCUUUAUCAAAGAAGACUCUGUAGCAACUUUUUCACAGUUGCAACUGUUUUAAUAUGAAAGUAGGUCGAGUGUGUGUGCUAAUUUUAUAAUCUAGGAGGAAAAACAUUUAUAAAUUUUUUGAAUUUAACAAUAUCUGUUAAAUUGUUGUAUUCUUAUAGAAACUGUUUUAAAUCCUUAAAAUAACUUAUUUUAAUAAAUAAUUUUGUAUAUCUCAGCAGUGAUGUGAAUGAUAACAGAUGCUUCUUUAAGCAUCGCUCAUUGAAAGCAAUGAAUUGUGUGAGUCAUCUGAGGCAGUAUGAGUGAGUUCUUGUUAAGAAGUCACCUGCUGGAGUGUUAUGGUGUGUUCUGCUAGAGGAUGGAGGAAAGGUGUUUCUGUGUUCUGACUAUUGAUUGUUUCCAUAGACAUGGGUGUUUUUGCACUUCAUCUGGCUGCAAAUCAACAGGGCAGAAAGAAAAGGUCAAAGACCAUGUUUAACUUGCAGCUCCUGACUGACCAUUUUCAGUGGUAGGUUGAUAUAAGCUUCAGCCCUAGCAAGCAUCAGUUUUGGAUCAAUUCAAACCAUGAAGUCUGACUAAGGCAGAGAUGACUUUGUAGUAAUUUGGAAGCACAGUAAUCUUCAUGUUCACUAUAAAAUUAUAUCAGCAUUAUUUCUACCCACAAGGUUGCCUUAAUUGCAUGGGCAGAAGUGCUGCUGAGUGAAUGCGUGCUGUCUUUAUGUUGAGAUUUUUUUUCACUGUUGGCAGUCUUGGGAACAGUUUUUUCCUCACUCUUUUGAUAAGAAUUAUAUACAUAUUGAGCAGGAAUCAUGUGAGGUAUCUGCAGCCUAGGUCUUCUAGGAGGUCAUUAGAUGGCCAGAUGGUCUUUAUCACCCUUUAAUUUGUGAAUAUUGGUAUCCAUGAGUUCUAAGUCGAAAAAAUUGCUUCGUUCAGCGGUUUUGUUGCCUAUGCUCUUACUGUCUUCCAUCCCAGUGCAUCUGUGUUGCAAAUAUUUUAGUGCUGCAGUUCUCAAGCCGACCUUGUAUAUGCUGAGAUGGCAUUAGCUACUACCAAAGAUUAUCUUUCAAUUCUCCAAACUAGUUGUAAAAUUAUGAAUGUGAUAUGGAAGCUGAAGUACAGUUGUUGAAUUCUGCUAUAGUCUUGUGUCAGCAUUUCCAAGUGCAAUCUAACUAGUUAACUUUGUUCCAGACUGGAAUUCCACAUACAGCAUUAGAAUCCGAAAUUGCAUAUAAUGAAAAUUAACCUUCAGAACCAGUUAGGAUCCAAAUUUAUCUUCUGCUCCCUAACAGUAUUUAUGAACAUGCCCAGCUAUUAGUUUCAAAAGAACUUAAAGUGCAGUUUCAUUCAUUGCUGGUUUAUGUUCUUAAGUGUUAUUUCAUCAAAAUAAGGAACUGUGAACUUGAAUAAAAUAAAGUAGUAUUUCCCUUAACACUUGUGCACUCCUGAAUUGCAAUUUAACCUGGAUUUACUGUAUGUGUAAAUUGUUACUGUUCAGGACACUUUUCUGUGACUAUCACAUCAGAAAUUAUUAAAUAUGCC